AUGCUCAAGUCGGCCCUCCCCGCGGCGCUGGCCCUCCUCCUAACGGCGGCCAACGGCCACCCUUCCAGGACCCCGGCGGCGGCGGCGGCGGGGGGAUGGGCACCGCUGGCGAAUGGGACAUUCCGGAACCCGAUCCUGUACGAGGACUUCCCGGACAACGACGUGUCGGUCGGGCCGGACGGGGCCUUCUACCUGUCGGCGUCCAACUUCCACUUCAGCCCCGGGGCGCCCAUCCUGCGGUCUUACGACCUGGUCGACUGGGAGUUUGUGGGCCACUCGAUCCCGCGCCUCGACUUCGGCGCCGGCUACGACCUGCCGCCGACGGGCGAGCGGGCGUACCGCGCGGGCACGUGGGCGUCGACGCUGCGGUACCGCGAGAGCACGGGGCUCUGGUACUGGAUCGGGUGCACCAACUUCUGGCGCACCUGGGUCUUCACCGCCCCGGCGCCCGAGGGGCCCUGGACCCGGGCGGGCGACUUCGGCGACGGCGUGUGCUUCUACGACAACGGCCUGCUGGUCGACGACGACGACACCAUGUACGUCGUCUACACCCACGACGGCGGCAAGCGGGUCAACGUGACCCAGCUGAGCGCGGACGGGCUGAGCGCCGUCCGCACCGAGACCGUCCUGGUGCCGGAGCAGGCCGGCGUCGACGCCCUCGAGGGCAACCGCAUGUACAAGAUCGACGGCCGCUACUACAUCCUCAACGACCACCCGGGCACCACCGCCUACGUCUGGAAGUCCGACUCGCCCUGGGGUCCCUACGAGGGCAAGGCGCUGGCCGACAACGUCGCCAGCCCCCUGCCCGGCGGCGGCGCCCCGCACCAGGGCAGCCUGGUGCCCACGCCCUCGGGCGCCUGGUACUUUAUGUCCUUCACCUGGGCCUACCCGUCCGGCCGCCUGCCCGUGCUGGCCCCGAUCGACAACUACACGCUGGGAGGGAACGGCGCUGCCGGCCUGAUCCUGCGGGCCGCCACCGUCGCGCCCGACGACGACCUGUACUCGGCGCGCAACACGCUGACGCACCGCGCCCACGGGCCCUUCCCCUCGGCCACGCUGGUCCUCGACGUCGCGGACAUGGCCGACGGCGACCGCGCCGGGCUGGCCGCCUUCCGCGACCGCAGUGCCUACAUCGGCAUCCACUGCUCCUCCUCCUCUGAUGAGAAGAAGAAGAAGACGUACGAGGUGGUGGCGCGAUUCAACAUGACGCUGGACGAGUGGGGCAGCGGCGAGACGCUCGAUCUGGGCGAGGUGGUGGAGCGGGUCGAGCUGGCCUCGGGCGUGACGCGCGUGUGGCUGCGGGCGAGCAUGGACGCGCGGCCCGACGGCGAGCGGACGGCCCGGUUCGGGUACAGCGUCGACGGGGGCGAGACCUUUGCCGGCCUGGGGCCCGCCUACCAACUCUACGCCGGGUGGCCCUUCUUUGUCGGCUACCGCUUCGCCGUCUUCAACUACGCCACCAAGGCCCUCGGCGGGAGCGUCACCGUCCUGAGCCUCGAGACCGACUCGGGCGAGGGUGAGCGCGAUGCCGAGCAAGCGUGA